AACCAUUUUGUGGAAUCUAUACCACUUGUUUUAGACACAUGGAAUCUAUACCACUUAACACUAUAUAUUAACCAAUUAUUACAUAUAGUGUAGAGGCAACAACGGUUUUCUCAUUCCCUAACUAAUUAUCUAGAGAGAAAAUGGAGAUAGAAAGGCAGCUCCAAGUUUCAUCAAAUUCAGGGCAGCACAAAGAAGGAACCUCUUUUAUCAAAACUUGUUUCAAUGGACUCAAUGCCUUGGCAGGUAUUGGGAUACUCUCAAUGCCAUAUGCAGUUUCACAAGGAGGGUGGCUGAGUUUCAUGUUACUAAUUAUAUUUGCCAUGAUAUGUUGGUACACAGCUUUACUUCUAGAAAGGUGUAUGAAUCAACAACCAUUAAUCAAAUCCUAUCCUGAUAUAGGUGAGGUUGCUUUUGGAUAUAAGGGAAGAGUUGUAAUAGCAAGUUUCAUAUAUGUAGAACUUUUUUUAAUUGCUGUGGUGCUUCUUAUAUUAGAAGGUGACAAUUUAGAAAAGUUAUUUCCAAAUAUGAACUUCACAAUUAUUGGACUUAAUAUUGGAAGUAAAAGUAGUUUUGUGUUAAUCACUGCAUUGAUAAUAUUACCUACAACUUGGUUGAGAAGUUUAGGAGCUUUGGCCUACAUAUCUGUUGGUGGGGUAGUGACUUCUGUUGUUUUGAUUGGUUGUGUUGUUUGGGUGGGAGAAGUUGAUGGUGUAGGGUUUCAUGAAAGAGGAAAGUUAGUUAAUUUGGAAGGAUUGACAACUGCUAUGAGCCUUUUUGCUUUCUGUUAUUGUGCUCAUGCACUGAUGCCCACAAUAUGCAAUUCCAUGAAUGACAGAAAGCAGUUUUCUAAGGUUUUGCUGGUUUGCUUUAUGGCAAGCACAAUUAUCUAUGGAACCGUAGCUGUAUUAGGCUACAGCAUGUUUGGGGAUCAUUUGAAGUCUCAAAUCACAUUAAAUCUACCAACAAAUACAAUAAGUACAAAAUUAGCAAUAUAUACCACAGUAAUAAAUCCUUUCACUAAGUAUGCUAUUAUAAUCACUCCAAUAAUCAAUGCCAUUGAAGAAAAAUGGCAUCUAUGCAAGAGAAGACCUAUUAGCAUUCUCAUUAGAACAGCCAUUGUGGUAAGCAGUGUCUUUGUGGCACUAUUUGUUCCAUUUUUUGGAUACAUUAUGGCUUUUAUUGGUGCUUUUUUGAGUGUGGCAAUGUCAUGGUUGUUUCCUUGCCUCUGCUACUUAAAGAUGAAUAAAGCUGCUAGGCGAUUUGGGUUAGAAUUGAUCAUAAUCAUAGCAAUUCUGCUCAUUGGUACAUUUAUUGGAAUGCAUGGCACCUACAUUUCACUUAUGCAAAUAAUAAAUAGUGUAAAGUCAUGAAGGAUUAUGCUUAAAGCUCAUAAACAACUAUUUGAGUGACUCUGCUAAGAAUGUACAAUACCAACUAAUGAAAUACAUUUCUUGUUAA